AUGGCUAUCUCUAACAAGUUCAGUUUCACGGUGAGGAGUAUUUUGGAUUUGCCAGAAAACGACACUGAUCGCAUGGCACCCCAUUCUCCAGUUGGUUCGUUCUCCGCCUCACCUUACUCGUCCUGGACUGAGAAUGACAGAAGUCAUUGCAUCUCGUCAGACGAGAGCAACCCCGAGGCUUCACCAGACUCCACGGGGCCUGAUGAGCUCUCCUUGGAUGCAAAGGAACACGAAAAGAGGAAGAAGCGUCGUGUUUUAUUCUCUAAGGCUCAAACGUAUGAGUUGGAAAGGCGCUUCCGUCAGCAACGUUACCUGUCCGCUCCAGAAAGAGAGCAACUGGCUCACCUGUUACGGCUCACGCCCACGCAGGUGAAGAUCUGGUUCCAAAACCACAGAUAUAAAAUGAAGAGAGCGCGGAUGGAGUGCGCUUAUGACCUCAAUCAACCUCCAGUGCUCCGCAGGGUCGUGGUGCCAAUUUUGGUCCGAGAUGGCAAACCGUAUCCAAACUGCAAUACCGAGACAGAAAAAGAAAGCUGCCUCGUUCCGCAAACGGUUCCAUCUUCACCCUUCAGCGUCCCAAGUUUUCAGUCGUUACAGCAACAAACACCAUUUGCGCUUUUCCCCACAUACCAGCACUUCACCAACACACCGGGCUCACGUCACCACUUCUGUGUUUGGUGAGACUU